AUGGAGAUCGAUUGUAACGAUUCACUGGUGCUCUCGACUUUUAAUGAGGAUCCGUUCUGGACCAAAGAACAGUUGCUGCUCUUGAAGCAUUUCCCUCGAAACGCUUUCCUAAUUAUGGGAUUGAUUGUCUCCACUAUUGGCAUAUUUGGACUAGCUGCUAAUGGAACAGUCCUCUUCAUUUUCUCCAGGUUCAAACGACUCCGAUCGCCACCGGCCAAUACGUUCAUCAUAAAUUUGGCGUUCAGCGACAUGUCGGCAUCGAUACUUCACUCGAUGGCCGCCUAUUCGAAUUUCAACGGCCGCUGGGCGUUCGGUCGUCUGGGCUGUAAACUCUACGCUAUGGGAAUCACUUGUUUCGGACUGGUCUCCAUUUUAACGUUCAGCGCCAUCGCCUGCGAACGAUGUCUCGUCAUCGGACUGGUGGAUAGCCGCUGGAGAGUAAGUCGAUUGCAGGCCAAAAAAGCUUGCGGCUUCAUUUGGUUGCACUGCGCCAUUCUGGUGAGUUUGCCACUGUUCGGAUGGUCGUCCUACGUGCCGGAAGGACUGCUGACGACCUGUUCAUGGGAUUACAAGACAAGGACAAUGUCUAACCGGGCGUAUUAUGUUCUCCUCCUUUCCGCUGGCUUCUUUCUUCCCGUCUUACUCAUCUUCGUCAGCUACGGUCGAAUUUUGUUCUCGCUCGUGUCCCAAGCUCGUCAGUCGAUCUGCACCAACUCACAGAACAACGUCUUGCUCAAAUUACGGCGACAGACGGAGAUCAGGACGGCCAAAAUUGUUGUGUCGCUCAUCUUCGUUUAUUUGGCGGCUUGGACUCCGUACGCUAUAGUGACGCUCAUCGGACAAUUUGGACCGGAAGAUUUAGAGAUGUCAUGGGUGUUCACUGCUAUUCCGGCCUAUUUCGCCAAAACGGCCGUCGUCAUCGAUCCGCUGGUUUUUGGAUUUUCUCAUCGACAUUUCCGCAACUCGCUCAAAAAUUACAUUUUAAAUUUGUGCACCUUACGCAACGUAGAAAUCGGUUCCGACAUCCGGUCGAAUAACUACAGUAGCGGUAUACCGAAAUGCAGCAGCAAAAGUUGGCCGGGCGGAUUGCCAACCAGUUACCAGUCGCGCGGAAUGACCAUCUAUCCGACAAACGCUUGUUGCGCUCUGCGCAUCUGCGAGCCUCGCACUUGCACUCGAUUUUCUUCUGCGCAAAGCAUCACCCCUUCUAACGUCGGCCAGACUAAUGGGAAACGCCGCAAUGGCCGGAUGCUGAGGACCUUCCGCGAGUUGUCUCUCAACGACGUGAAUGAAACGAGUUUCUCGACGAAUAAAAUGGCGGCAGUAACAGGCAGAUCUAUUGUUGACACGGUUGGAUCGAGUCGGGGGUCUCGGCUACGAGCGCAUUCCUAUUCCAAUUUCAAGUACAAAGUUCGUAACGCCGAGUUCUACAGCGAGAUCAUCGUGCCGACUAUUUCAGUAGAGACCGUCGACGAAGCUCAGCAACACGUCUGA